AGUGUUAAAUGCAAAAACAAAAUACCUUUCGAAAGCCUAAAACACUAAACCCUCCACAAUGUCCGCCGCAAGGUACGUCCUCCGUUCCGCCGCUACUAGAUUGGCGUCUGUACCCAAGCCCAUGCCACGAUCCGCUUCCUCUCCCAUUCGGAUCUCCAAGCAAAACCCGCUCCCUUCUCGUGUUUUCAGAUCACCUAUGGAGCUCAGCUGUUGUGUGGAAACGAUGCAACCUUAUCACACUGCCACCGCCUCGGCUUUGCUGACUUCCAUGCUCUCCGUUUCUCGCCGGUGCUCCGGUUGGACCCCUGAAGGGCAAGACAAGACUAGAUGAAGGACAAGCAAACAGAGGGAGUGACUUUUAUUAGUUUUACAUUGUUAAACCUUCUGGAAUUGCUACUGGGUUUUUCUUCAGUAAUCAGUAGUGUAGUUGAGGUCCUGAGGAAACUAUCUUUCUGAAUGAAUGUAAAAGGACGAGGCUGAGUGUCUUGUUCA